AUGCACAGCACUAUAGCGGUCGGGUUUGGCGCGUCGGGCAACGGCGGCGCACUGCGCCCCGCUAAACUGGGUCACGUGGAUGCGGCCCUGCUGCGGCACGGGACGCUGCACGCAAGUGGACCGAUAAGGGUGGCAACACCUACACAGGUGAUCGGCGGACUGUGGCAGGGUAGUACGGCACCUUCGGCUGUUGCACGAAUGGGCUGGGGAAGUGAUACGACGCUAGAUGCAAGUGGACCGAUCAGGAUUGCACCCAUACAGCUGUUCGAGUACGAGCGCGUGGUGCAGAUCCUGCUGAACGGGGUCUCCGACGUGAACCAGGAGGGCUUCGUGCAGCGCAUCGCCAUCUACCUGCUCAACUCGCUCGCGUGCCAAGUGGACAACACACAGAAGCGCUUCCUGGGCAACAACGGCGCUAUAGGGGUGAGUUCACCGCCGCCAUUAGGGGCAAGUUGGUACGCCGCUGUCGGUGUAUGCCGGUACGUCGCUAUGUGGAUAAAUCGGUACGCCGCUGUAGCGGUAAGUUGG